CAGCAUUCCGAUCACUCCAACCAGCCUCAAUUCACUCUCCUUCGUUCGUUAUUCUCUCUCGAUCUCUAGCUUACAAGGCCUAUAAUCUUUUUCUUUUUGUGGUAGCGAAAGGGUGAGAGAGGGAUCUAAUGGCGGAUACAGAGACUUUUGCCUUCCAGGCUGAGAUCAACCAGCUCUUGAGUUUGAUUAUCAACACCUUCUACAGUAACAAGGAGAUUUUUCUUCGUGAAUUGAUUAGUAAUUGCUCUGAUGCUCUGGACAAGAUCAGAUUUGAGAGCUUGACAGACAAAAGUAAGCUAGAUGGACAGCCAGAGCUCUUCAUUCACAUUAUCCCUGACAAGACCAACAACACACUGACCAUCAUUGACAGUGGCAUUGGCAUGACCAAGACUGAUUUGGUGAACAAUCUCGGUACCAUUGCUAGGUCUGGGACCAAGGAAUUCAUGGAGGCAUUGGCCGCUGGUGCUGAUGUGAGCAUGAUUGGACAGUUUGGUGUAGGGUUCUACUCUGCAUAUCUGGUUGCUGAGAAGGUCAUUGUGACCACCAAGCACAAUGAUGAUGAGCAGUACGUAUGGGAGUCCCAAGCUGGUGGGUCAUUUACUGUUACUAGAGACACCUCUGGUGAGAACCUUGGCAGGGGCACUAAGAUGACUCUUCAUCUCAAGGAAGACCAGCUUGAGUACCUUGAGGAGCGCCGUCUCAAGGAUCUGAUUAAGAAGCACUCUGAGUUCAUCAGCUACCCAAUCUCUCUCUGGAUUGAAAAGACGACAGAGAAGGAAAUUUCCGAUGAUGAGGAUGAAGAAGAGAAAAAAGAUGAGGAAGGGAAGGUGGAGGAAGUCGAUGAGGAGAAGGAGAAGGAAGAGAAGAAAACGAAGAAGAUUAAGGAAGUGUCCCAUGAGUGGUCUUUGUUGAACAAGCAGAAACCUAUUUGGAUGAGGAAACCAGAGGAGAUCAACAAGGAAGAAUAUGCUGCUUUCUACAAGAGCCUUACUAAUGACUGGGAGGAGCACUUGGCUGUGAAGCACUUCUCAGUUGAGGGCCAGUUGGAAUUCAAAGCCGUCCUCUAUGCACCCAAGAGGGCGCCUUUUGAUCUCUUUGACACAAGGAAGAAGCCUAACAACAUCAAGCUCUAUGUACGCAGGGUGUUUAUCAUGGAUAACUGUGAGGAGUUGAUUCCAGAGUACCUUGGUUUUAUCAAGGGUAUCGUUGAUUCUGAAGACCUUCCUCUCAACAUCUCAAGAGAAACGUUGCAGCAGAACAAGAUCCUUAAGGUCAUUCGCAAGAACCUGGUCAAGAAAUGCAUUGAGAUGUUCUUUGAGAUUGCUGAGAACAAGGAGGACUACAACAAGUUUUAUGAGGCCUUCUCCAAGAACCUCAAGCUUGGUAUCCAUGAAGACUCACAGAACAAGACAAAGCUUGCUGAGCUUCUUAGGUACCAUUCCACAAAGAGUGGUGAUGAGUUGACUAGCCUGAAGGACUAUGUGACCAGAAUGAAGGAUGGCCAGAAUGACAUCUUCUACAUCACUGGAGAAAGCAAGAAGGCAGUUGAGAACUCUCCAUUCCUUGAGAAGUUGAAGAGGAAGGGCUAUGAAGUCCUCUUCAUGGUUGAUGCUAUUGAUGAGUAUGCUGUGGGUCAACUCAAGGAAUUUGAGGGCAAGAAACUUGUCUCAGCUACCAAGGAAGGUCUGAAACUUGAUGAGAGUGAAGAUGAGAAGAAAAAGAACGAAGAAUUGAAGGCUCAGUUUGAGGGUCUAUGUAAGGUGAUCAAGGAUGUGUUGGGUGACAAGGUGGAGAAAGUUGUGGUGUCUGACCGUGUUGUUGAUUCUCCAUGCUGUUUGGUUACUGGUGAAUAUGGAUGGACUGCUAACAUGGAGAGAAUCAUGAAAGCCCAAGCCUUGAGGGACAGCAGCAUGGCUGGAUACAUGUCAAGCAAGAAGACCAUGGAGAUCAACCCUGAAAACUCAAUCAUGAAUGAGUUGAGGAAGAGGGCUGAUGCGGACAAGAAUGACAAAUCUGUGAAGGACCUGGUUCUCUUGCUCUUUGAGACUGCUCUACUCACCUCUGGGUUCAGCCUUGAUGAGCCCAACACUUUUGGCAAUAGAAUCCACAGGAUGUUGAAGCUUGGACUGAGCAUCGAUGAGGAUGCUGGUGAAGGUGAUGCUGACAUCCCCCCGCUUGAGGAUGCUGAUGCAGAUGCAGAGGGCAGCAAGAUGGAGGAAGUUGAUUAAGCCCAAUGCUAACUGGUUCUUACGUUCGGUCAAUUGGUUUUAGUAGUUUAGUAACUUUAUGCUCUUUUUGGCUGCCUCUUUUGAGAGGCUUUUGGAUGUUUUUCUCUCUUUUUUAUCUUGUGGUUGGAACGAUAGUAUAGUGUACUUUAGAUGCAUUUUUAUGUUUAAUCUCAAUAUUUGCUCUCUUGAGGCAUGUUUGGAUUAGCCUGCUGUGGAAAGUGCUCAUGUAGGAUCACUCAUUGAUUUGGUAUAUCUAUCUUCUAUCUGGUAUUCAGGUUUCA